GAAGAAGGGAAGCUGCACAUGAUGAAGGAGAAGUGGUGGAGGGGGAACGGCUGUCCGGAGGAUGAGAAGAAUAAGGAGGCUAGCGCUCUGGGGGUGCAGAACAUCGGGGGUAUCUUCAUCGUGCUGGCCGCAGGGCUGGUGCUGUCUGUGUUCGUGGCUGUUGGGGAGGUCCUGUACAAGUCUAAACAGAACGCAGCGCUAGAGAAGGUGAGGUUUAUAUAGCAUUAAAGAGACUUCGUCAAAUAUUUAUAAAGUCUGCUGAAACACUAUGUAGAUCAGGGCUCUCCAACCCUGUUCCUGGAGUGCUACCGUCCUGUAGGUUUUUGCUCCAACCCUAAUCUAGUACCUGAUUCUGAUAAUUAGCUGGUUAAUAAGAUGAAUCAGGAUAUUUACAAAUGGGGUGGGAGCUCUCCAGUUGGAGAUCCCUGAUGUAGAUGCUUCCCAAACCAUGUAUAAGUGUUGGGAAGGCUACGCUGAAAACAUAGUUUAUGAAGCUACCAAUUACUUCACACUGGAAGAAGUUAAGCUACACUAAAGCUACUCUUAUCUAAAUCUGAAAUGUAAUAGAUCACAAAUUGAAAUAACAGAUCAGUCUGGUUCUGGAGUCAGAUGUUAACAGAAUGUGUAAUUUAGCCUAUUAAACACAAUAACUAUGUUUCAAUUCAGAAUUGGGAAGGUCCGAUGCCUACUUCACCUAUAAUUUCUGUUAUUUUUGCAAAAAAAAGUAGUGUGUAGUUCCAGUAGUUAGCCACACCUCUACAUGGCAAAAAAACACUGAAAACACUACCAAUAUUUGAAUUUUGUGUAAGGCCAGGCACCACAUGCUAACAUUUUUGCAUCUACCUAUCAAUUUUGAGAUUUGUUGGUAUUUUGAUCCGUUAAUAUUAGUUUUUUCAAAAGGUACACAUAGAAAUGUAAAAAAUAUAUAUGAAAAUGUAAUUUCCUUUAGUUUAUCAUACUACCUUCAAUGUAUUUUAAUGUAUUUUAACCACUUUAAAAUGGGCAUACAUCAAUAUUUUCAAAGUUCACUACAUUAAAUGACACAUAAUUUAAAAGUUGUUACAGACUAUAUUUAGUAACUUACUUUGAAGAAAUUGUGAUUUGGUUUAAAUAGGUGUUUGGCAUUAGGUAGUCUAAAUUCAGUGUACUUGUCUUUAACUGCAAUUUCUUGGAAGUCAGACUCUUCCCACACGCCAACUCAUUUUUCUCAGCUUCAGAAGCAUCUGCAUUCACCAAAUGUUGUGUGGUUAUCCUUAGAAUAUUCUCCAGACUUGCCCAGAGGGAAUUGUUGAUAUGUUGUAAAUUCUUUAUAAAGAUUAAAAUAAUAAUACAGAAAAAAGUAUUUAUACACAAUCUGCUCUGGACAAGUCUGGUCCUGGAGUGUCUUAACAAAAUGAAACCAAAAUAUUUAGGUUGACUUCAUCCAGUAUCCAGAAAAAUUGAUUUGCAUGAUAUUUAUUGAGAUAUCGCCUAAUUUGCAUAUUACAUAUUUCAGAAUUUGUUUUAUACAAAAAAGUAUUAUAUUUCCUUCUACAUUCAACUGGUAAAAGUUGAUUGUGAUAUGAUUCAUGGGGGGAAAAUUACCCUAUGAGGGUGUGGUGCCUGGCCUUAACUACUACCAAGCUACUGCAAGCUACUACAUGUGGUUCACUAUUCCCCAACACUGAAGCUAAAUGCUACUAGGCUACAUAAAGGCUGAUAUAAAAGGUCCUUUCAGCUGCUUCAUAACCGUUUAUAUGGCAUUGGCUUGUGAAUGAUUUCUGGACCAUAGGUCUUUAUGCACUGUGAUUCUUUCAUCAUCAAUCAAGAACUGAGAUGAGAAGAUAGAUUGGUUAAAAUGCUAUAAGCAUGUGCAAAUGUAAAACAUUCUGUCCUCUACGCCACCAAGUUGGUUGUAAUGUGUAACCUGUGACAGUAACCUGUGACAGCACAUUAUUAUAUUGUGAGCACUCUCACUCACUCUCUGCUUUCUCGCUCUCCUGCCCUCUACAACCCUCUCCCCCUCCCACUAUCGCCUCUAUCCUUCGCCCUCUCUCCUUGCCACCUUCCCUUCUCCGCUAUUCACCCCCCUCUCCCCCGUCCGCUCACUACCUAUUCUUCUCUCCUCUGCCUCUCCUUCUCUUCCUCCUCUCUCUCCCUCUCUCACAAUCACCCUCUACCAGGGUAGUCCCAAUGGUUCAGUGGGUUAGAGCAUGGCACUGACAACGCUAGCAUUGUUCCUGCAUGGACCACAUACUGUAUACUGACCAUAUCUGUCAGUUAAUUUGUCAGUUCUGUCUGUAUUUUACCCUCAACCUCCCUCUCCCCUCCUUCCCCCUCUUCAGCGCUCUUUCUGCAGUGCCAUGCUGGAAGAGCUGCGUGGCUCCCUGAAGUGCCAGCGGCGCCUCAAGCAGAAGCCGCAGCCGCCGGUCAUCGUCAAGACCGAGGAGGUCAUCAACAUGCACACAUUCAAUGACAGGAGACUGCCAGGCAAGGAGACGAUGGCAUGAUGGGGGUCAAAGGUCAAAAAUACCCCUGAAAAGGUCAAAACACAGCCAGAAGAUCUGGAGGGGUUGAAUGAACGUUAAUGUAAUGUUAACAUAACCUGAAACUAUAUUGCAUUGGUCCCCUGCUUUGGUAGUAUGGUAGAGAUGUUUCCUGUGGAAAUGUAGAUGUGUCAACAUGACUGGAGAUGAUGUGUCACCUCACGGUGGCCAACACUUUUCGAGAGGGACUUUUGCAGAGGACAAGUUGAAGGAUUGUGAGAAUGAUGGAUCUUUGAGAUGGAUCUCGAUAGGGACUCGAAGAGGAGAACUCAAAAUGCAUGUCUGUUGAGGCUGCCUUUGUGUUCAAGCUUCACAGUCAGUGACUUUGCACACAUGCACACACAC